CCCGCCCCGCGCUCGCCGCCGGGGUCGGGGCCUCCGCCGGACCGUACCGAGCUCAGCCGCCACGGCGUCCCGGGGACCUGCCGCGGCGAUACUGGGGUGAACGUGCCCGACCUUGGGGUGCAGCGGGCUGGGAGCAGACGGCAUCUCCCUCAUCACACAGCCCCAAAUCCCAGCGCAGCUGAAGCGACUGCAGGCACUUUAAAGAUGUACACGAGCACGGAGGAGGAGCUGGAGAAGGACAGGCCAAGGAUGUGGUCCCCCAUGCAGUUCUGCAGGCUAAAUCCAGUCUGUUAAACUGGUAGGAAUAAAGGAGCAGACCUUGCUGUAGCACGUGCAGUGCUGGGAUCCAUGAGCACCCUCCUGAGAGCUGUCCUCCUUCAAGCUGCCUCCAUUCCUUGCACACUAGGUUCAGUGGCAAGUAUGAACAUUUGUCAACAUUUGACAGCUCUUUGGGACAUCAUGAAUUUGCUGGAAUCUGGACCACAGAGCACUUGUGAUAGCGCUUUUUAAAUUUUAAUUUCAUUUAAACGGAAGAAAAAUAACCAUCUGGAUUGACUGUAGUGAUGGCCAGCAAAAGAAAAUCCACAACUCCUUGCAUGAUACCAGUGAAAACACUGGUGCUUCAGGAGACUGAACUGGACCAGGCAGAAGAUGAUCGUGAAGGAACAAAACAAGAUGCUCCCCCAGAAGGGCCAGCAGCGAGUGAUGCUGGUGCCAGUAGCAGUAAUAAUGGAGCUUUGUCCAACGGGCACCGUGGUAUUGCUGAGAGUGACACUUAUAUCUGCAAGUCUUGUGACUUUGGAUCUCAAGACCUUCACCACUUCUUUGGGCACUUGGACUCUGAGCACUUAGACUUCAGCAAAGACCCCGCGUUUGCCUGUGUUGCGUGCAACUUCCUGGCAAAUAGCCACGAAGGGCUCUCACACCACAAUGCAGAGUCCCACACCGGUGAAACAGGCUUCAUCUGGAGGGUGGCUAAGCAGGACAGUCGUACAACUGUGGAGCAAAGUCUCUGUGAGGCCACCAGCAGCCAUGACCUUCCGGGAGAUGUCCCUGAAGAAGGUGCAGAUGGCCAGUCUGAAAUUAUCAUUACCAAAACUCCCAUCAUGAAAAUAAUGAAAGGUAAACCAGAGGCCAAAAAAAUCCAUACGCUGAAGGAGAAUGUGUCAAGUCAGCUGGGCAGUGAGUUGGAGGGGAAAGAUGGAGAACAUUCAUUCCCAAAUGGGUCUGCACCAGUCAGCCAGCCCACUGCAGGUUCAACAAAAUCAUCUCAUAUAGUGAAUGGCUCCAUCAUAGGAAAUGUCCCCGUUCUGCAGGCAGGUGUUGCACAACUUGUGUCACUGCAGCAGCAACCCCCAUUGCAUCAGCAGCUACCUACAUCCAAGUCCCUUCCCAAAGUGAUGAUCCCCCUGAGCAGCAUUCCAACGUACAAUGCUGCCAUGGACUCCAACAGCUUCCUCAAAAACUCUUUCCACAAGUUUCCCUACCCCACAAAAGCCGAGCUCUGCUACUUGACUGUGGUGACAAAGUACCCAGAAGAGCAGCUGAAGAUCUGGUUCACUGCCCAGAGGCUGAAGCAGGGCAUCAGCUGGUCACCAGAAGAGAUUGAAGAUGCCAGGAAGAAGAUGUUCAACACUGUUAUUCAGUCUGUGCCUCAACCCACCAUUACAGUUUUGAACACGCCUCUGGUUGCAAGUCCUGGAACUGUCCCCCAUCUUAUUCAGGCGACUUUACCAGGCCAUGUGGUGGGGCAGCCAGAGGGGACAGGGGGGCUGCUGGUCACACAGCCCAUCAUGGCAAAUGGAUUGAAGGGCACCAACUCCUCCUUCAGCUUGGCGGUUACUUCAGUCCCCAAGACACAGCCGGCAGCACAGCACAGCACGGUGACCUCCAGCAACACGUCGGGGGUGAAGGUGGUCAACAGCGGUCAGUCGCUGCUCAGCGCCUGCCCAGCCAUCUCCUCGCAGACCUUCCUGGAUCCCAACGUCUACAAAAACAAAAAGUCCCAUGAGCAGCUCUCAGCCUUGAAAGGAAGCUUCUGCAGAAACCAGUUCCCUGGCCAAGCUGAAGUUGAGCGGCUGACAAAAAUCACAGGCCUUUCCACCAAGGAGAUUCGAAAAUGGUUCAGUGACAGGAGGUACCACUACAGGAACGUGAGAGGUGGCCGGGCCAUCUUCCCCGGAGACAAUGCCCUGGAUUCCCUGCCUGAAGUAGCCUUGGAUGUCUCACCCAGGGGAGCUGAGCUGAGCCCUGUGGCAGCGGCAGCAGCAGCCUCGACAGCUCCUCACCACCCACCACGGCGGCAGUCAUGGCACCAGGCACCCGACUUCACCCCAACCAAGUACAAAGAGCGGGCACCGGAGCAGCUGAAGGCUCUGGAGAGCAGUUUUGCCCAAAAUCCCCUUCCUGCGGAAGAAGAGGUGAACCGCCUGAGGGGGGAGACAAAGAUGACACGGAGGGAGAUUGAUAGCUGGUUCUCCGAGAGGAGGAAGAAGAAGGUGGCAGAAGAAAAUAAGAAGGUGGAGGAGGUGGCUCGGCAGGAGGAGGAGGACGUGGAAAAUGGCGGUGGGGAAGGGGAAGACUCCUCAGAUGAGCUGAGGGCCAUGAGCGAAAACGGUUCGGUUGAUGCCUCUGGCAACCCCAGCUCACUGGAGCGAAAAGUGAGUCCCAUCAAAAUCAACCUGAAGAACCUCCGAGUGACCGAGUCGAACGGCAAAAACGAGUUACCAGGGGCUGGUGUGAACGAGAAAGGGGACGGCGGCUCCAGCCGGCCUCCCACCCCUCCCAAAACCAAACUGAACUUCAAAAAAACAGCCCAGCAGCGGCAUCUGCUGAAGCAGAUGUUUGUGCAGACCCAGCGCCCCACGAACCAGGAGUACGAUGCCAUCGUUUCCCAGACGGGCUUGCCGCGGGCUGAGGUCAUUCGCUGGUUCGGGGACAGCCGGUACGGCUACAAGAACGGGCAGCUGAAGUGGUAUGAGAACUACAGGCGGGGGGUGUUCCCCCCGGGGCUGGUGGAUGUCAGCCCCUCCAGCCGGGAGGUGCUGGAGGAUUACUAUGAGAAGCAGAAAGGGCUGCGGGAGGAGGACCUGCCCGGCCUCUGCGAGCGCGCCCACCUCAGUGCCCAGCAGCUCAAGGCCUGGUUUGCCAUGAAGGUGGAGGAAGAGGGCAAGGGCCCCGUCCCCGAGGAGGCCAGUGAGGCGGCAGGCAGCCGAAAAGGACCUUGUGAGGCCAGCUCGGAGGUGUCGGAGAGCAGCGAGUCCUGGGAGCCGGGAAGCCAGGAAGGCAACGCUGGGACCCCAGAUGCUCCUGGCCCACCACCCGCUGCCCGGCUGGAAACAGACUGAACUAAAACCACCAGCCCUGGAGGAUCCACUCUUACCCUUGAGAAGGAAUUAUUGGUUUUUCAGAAAUCAUUGGGCCGGCCUGAUCCAAACCUCAGGAGCAGGACAUGGUGAUAAAGCACUGCCAUAAAUGAGACCUUUGAGCACAGCACGAGGGAGAAUGUGUGCAAAAACUGGGCACUUAGUGCAGAGCUCUUGGUGGCCCAGCCAAGGAGAUGGCUGAGAGCUGGCGGGGGCUCAACUUGCACCCAGGAAAUAGGAUGCUCAUGUUUGCUUUCCAGUGGACAGACUUUCAGAUUUCAUAUUCGUAUACCGAUGCCUACAGCUGCCUAUACAAGCAUAACAAAUCUCAGACAUUGUGUAAACAAGGUCAUUGCUUAAAUAUGGACUAUCAUGGCACAGUACUUUUUUUUUUUUUCCUUCUGUCUGUUAAGGUGUUUGUUCUCUAAAGGUUGGCAUGGCUGCAUAUAUUCUCUCCACCCUUUCUGGUCCUUGAGCCCUGGCAGUGAAGGGCUCUGCAGGCACACAAGAGUCUAUGUGUGUGUUAGGACAGGAAGAGUAUCUGAGAAGACUGCCACUCUUGCAUGAAAGUCCAGUGGGAGCUGAGUGAGAUUUUUCAUCCCUAAGGUUGAGAUUAGAUUUAGCAAUGCAUACUCUCCAUUAAGUAGCAGGUUCCCAGACUCAGACAACCCAGGAGAUGGAAUUUGGUGUCAUUUGUCCCUUACAGGCUAGAAUAUUUUCCCCUGAGCUCCUGGAGACAGACUGUAGCAGACUAUUAAACCUCCAAGUCUCCCUUUAAUCACUGAGAACUAGCACAUAAUAAUUUUUCCAUCCUGACCUGGAAUCCUUUUCAUUGUUCAGAGAGAACAAGCUGUUCUUCAGAGAACAAACACAGAGAAUGCUCAGUGUUGCUGUGAGUGGUUCAACUCAUUGUUGUCUCCAAGGGAUCAGUGAGGCAGCAGCAGCUCUUCUGCAAUCAGGAAGUUUUCCUCUAGCAGCCCUACAUGACAGAUCCUUCAGCAGCAGCACUGGAGCACUGGUAACUUCAAGUGUUUGCUCCAGACUUAUUUUGGUUUUUUUCCUUUUUUCUUUUUCCAGCUCAUCUGCAAUAGUUCUUACAAAACAGCAAAAUAAAUUUCCCAGUUAACCUUCCUGCUUCCCAGUACCUGUAUAUUUUUAACUUUGUCUUGUGUGGUUGCUCUGUGAUGCAACUACUUGAACAUUUUUAUAAGAUUCUUUUCUAAUAGCAUACAAGGUCUAGAAGUGAAACUCUUGAGCAGGGAAAACUGUGCAGUUCAGCCAAAUGCUGUGUCAGACCAUUCUGUCACAAACUAAUCAAAUCCCAGCUCAAAAUUGGUUCCAUGUCUUGCCUUCACUUUUGUCUUGUAAGGCUAUUCCAGAACUUCACUGCCUUUGAAUGGUUAGAAACACUAUUUAAAUUUCUUGUUUGAAUUAAUUCAUGGCUAGUUCAUCCCUGGUUUGUUUUGGAGCCAACAUUGUCCUUUAACUUAAAUAGUUUUUGGUGUUUAUCCGCUGAUGUAUUUAUGGAGAGUAGUCACAGCUCUCUAUUUUUGCCAGGCUAACUCAGCCAGGCUUUUUCAGUAGAAAAUUUUUAUUUAGUGAGAGCUUUUUAAUGUGGGAGACUUUAUUGUUGGUGGUAAAUGAUUUUUAUUAGAAGGGUGGGUAGCAAGGCCCAAAGGAUUGGAGCCAGAGAUUUACAAAAAAAUCUGGUUUAAACACAAAAAGGCUCUUUCAGAACCUCUUCCAAAGGUGGUGUCUGAUUUCCACCUUUAAUUGCCCUUGCUUUCCCACUUCAUUCUUCAUCCCCCCCCCUUUAAGAGGCAGCCUUGAGCAAGUACUAGGAAGGAUUUUAUCUGCUCAGUGCUUUGCAAGAGGCUUCCUCUCACCUGCUACAUGCCUCCAAGGUAGGUGGCAGUGCCUGAGCUCAUGUUGCUCCCCUGGCUCAUGGUGUCACACGUGAGCAUCUGCUUGAGAAUGAGGUGACCCACACCCUAAAGAGAGCUGGGGCAGCUGCAGGCACCCACACUGUUACAGUCAGACAGUCCCUUAGCAGUCAGACAGACCCUGCCUUAAAAGACUGCAGGCAGGGGUGGUGGUGACCUGGAGCACCCUGCUGUCACACCAGGUUCCCUCAGUUUCUUUCUCUUUAGAAACUGGAUUGCUGGUUGAGCUGUAGUUGGGAGUGUAACCAGCAGCCAUCCCACCUUGGCCUCAUGUUGGCUCAGGUGGGCAGCAUCCCUGGGACCAGCCCCAGGGGUUCACCCUCACCAAGUGCGAUCCUACACACCCCAAAAUGUCACAGGUGAUGGGAGAAUCUGGGUGAUCCUAGAGCUUGGAGGUAGCAGAGCUGGGCAUGGUGUGGCCUGAGAGUAUGUACAGUGUUACCUUCAGAGAACAAAUACAGGUAGGUCAAUUUACUCUCUAGUGUCUAUGUACAUGCAGGUUUAUUUAAGUACACAUAUAUACAGUUCAGAUAUGCCAUUGAUUCUUUUUUGCAUUAAGCUGUACAUUACAAAUGUACACUUUUACUAACUACUUGCUAUAUAAAUGUGUUGGAAGUGUAGUCUGCCCAUUCAAGGUGAUUUUCUGCAGGAUUUUUGGUGUACACGUUUAGGCCUAUGGCUAACUGGAAGAGUGUUCCCCGCUCCAUCUGCAGAAAUGCUUAAGGACUAUGGUAUGAACUGGUCCCUUUGAACCAUUUUUCCAUGUACUAGCUGAAAUAUUUUGCACUUGGAUUGUAAUCGACCAGUUUUCCAGAAAAAUUGAAAAGAGAAGUCUUGUGAGCUGGAGGGAGAAUUUCCCGGUGUACACAGAAAAAACAGCCUUGAGGGCUGGAAGCUGCUGAGGUUUUUGAGCUUUGUCUCCAUGCAUUCAUACAAGCACAGCAGGAGUUUUCUUUCUUUGGGUCGGAGGAAUUUUAAAAAGUGGUUCCAUGCAGACUCCCCUUGGACACAGCGACGGGGCUGGCAAACCCCAUUGCAUGGGGAGGGUAAGAUUUAGAGACAAAAAAAAAAAUCACAAAGUAUUUGCGUUCCCUAACUCCUACAUUCCUUGUUAUUUGCAUUUUUUAAAUUGACUUGAAAUCUCCAUGGAAGUAGAAGCUGAAGAUUUUUGAGAGUUUAGCUCUGUGGUCCUCUGUUUUCCCUAUUGUAUCGUUUUUGAAGCUGAAGCAGGUGUCAUCUCCAAACAGACUCAGGUUUUGGUGCAGGACGUGAGAAACGUGUUUGCAUCUGAAACUGAAAGGAAAAAUUGAGAGGUAGCUUGACAGUCCCAGCAGCAGCUCUUCUGGUGUUAAGAGGAAGUGUCACCACAAUUCCACACAUUGUGUGAAUAUUUAUCAUCAUCUAAUCAAAGAUGACUCUCUUCACUUGAAAGCAAGGGUGUAAGGUAGAGGUUGUGUAGCCAGCAUCGUUAAGGAGGGGAAAUUGAAAUCUUCACCUCCAUCCCCUGUGUGUGUGUGAGCUUGGGUGUGACAGGCACCAUAGUAACCAUCAUUUUUAAUCCCCGUGAAUCUUGUUACUUCUGUCUCUGAGGCUGCUUAGAUUAAGGGCACAAUCCAAUUGCUUAAGAAGCCAAAACCCUGAUCUGUGCUGUACCUGGCUCAGUCAUGUAAAGGGCUGCUCGUUCCCUUGAUGAAAGGAACUGAGUUACUUUAUUAUCAGCAGGCCAUGCCAUGAGUUUUCUAGACAUGACACUGUAUUUCAUUUGGGUACUUGAUUGUUCAGCUCCUUAAUUGGCUUUUUUUUUUUUUUCUUUUUUAACAAAAUACUAAACAAACCAAGAUUUACAAGCUCCUGUUUUCCUCUUGCUGGAGAACUGAGCAGUGCUGCCCAUCACAGCCACAGCCAAAGGUGCUCACUUUGAUGCAGGGCAUGCAGCAGUGUGCACCUGCAGAGAUCCAGCCACAGGUAUUCAGGGUGGCUGCAUGUCCCCUCCCUACCAAGGGCUUGUGUUGGUCACCACAUGAAGCUACCAGCAAAAGCAGUAGCUGCUGGCACCUGGGAUAAGAAACCCUUGUAGUCAGCCCACAGCUGAAUGCAGAACCUUCACCUCACACAGGUGCUGGAGCUGCAAGAUACCUGCUUGGUUAAUUUUUUAAUUAAUUCUUUUUAAAUAUAGUUUUUGUUUUUAAAUUUUUUUAAGUGUCCCCUUUCUGCUCAGGAGGGUAUAAAAGGCUGGUUUUCCAUUUAGGGUUUUGGGUAUAUAAUGAAAAGCAACAGGUUUUGGUCACAUGUAGAAGUGUUGUGAUCUGUCUUCCCUACAGCCCCUCUCUUAGAGACAUUGCAUAAGCAAGCUAAUGGAAAGGUGAUGGUUGAAAGCUGUACCAUUGGAAUCAGAAGAGAAAGAUGAUUUUCAGCACUUAGGCACGAAUUAGAUAUAGUUAACAUGAUGCUGCACCUUCCUGUCAAGCUGAUAGUAUUUAAAAUGCUUGUAAAGUUAUCUCUCCUGUUGUCCAGGUAAUUUUGGCUUCACUCUACAAAUCUGUCAGUUGCCUAAUGUGGUUCAGCUCACUGCAGUAACCUUAUGUAAUUUCUCUGUUGAUCACAAAAAUGACCAGGUUGAGAUGAGGCAACAUUAAAAAUGGAGGGAAGGGGGGGGGAUAAGACCCAUGCAAGCUAUUUGUUUUGUUUUUUUUUUUUUUUUUGAAGUUGAUUUUCUGCUGUAUGUUUUACUGGCAGUGGUCCCUGCCAGGAAUGCUGGAUUGGCAUCACAAAACUUUAAAGCAGAGCAAGAAAGCUCUGUUACUUAAGCAGUGAUUUACUUUAUAUUUUUUUGUUUUUUACUUCCUUGUUAUUGCCUGUUCCAGUAAAAUGUGCUCUGUUGGCUGACAUUAGCCAUAUUUUGAUGGCAGAAUUAAAGCCACUUUUUCCCUGUACUGAUGAAGGGUGUAUUAGGUGGAGUCUUGCUUACUGGUGCUAGUGAAGGUUGGGCUAGGAAUCCAUGGCAUAGAAAAUGUCUUGCUAAAAAUUGCACUUUCUCUCUGCCCCAUCUGGCUCGUGGUGGUGUUAUGGGUACGUGGCUGUGAUUCCCCUUGCACAUACUAACAUUGCACUAAAAGAGAGACUUUGGGAACAGCGUGUUGAUCACUUUGUUUCUCAGCAGACCACAAAGUCAGCCUAAUGGGGUCUCUUUUUUUUUUUUAAUUAUUAUUAUUUAGAAAUCAUGCUGGUGCUGAAUGAUCUGGAAUUUUUUGCUUGGAUUUAUCCAAAGGAAAAUGUAAUUGUAGCUGCAAUGGGACCUUUCAUAAGGGUGGCCGUGCAGCUAGGGAGCAGAGCAAGGGCUCUGCUGUGUUAAACGUCUUUGUACCAGGGAGGUGUGGGGGGUUCCAGUGGGGUUAUUAUUGUGUUUUGUUUUGUUUUUUUUUAAGACCACAAUUUUAGAUGGUCAUCUUGGCAAUCGUGUGAGACAAGAAAUAGUUUUUACUUUUGGAAAAGGUAUUAAAUAGCAAAAAAAAAAAAAGUGAAGCUGCCUGUGAUUGUGGGCUGUGGCUAUUAGGCUAGGGUAGCUUGUACCUGCUAUGGACUUUACCUGCUCUUAUUCUGAGGGCAAGAACUCCCUGUAGCAACAAUGCCACUUCUGAGAAGUGAAUGGCAAGUUUCCCUUCCUUUUGUAUAUGUGGAUGUGAGGGCGGGUGAGGGGAAGAGCUUGCUUGUACAGUUUGUUGAAAUGAAACCAGACAUUUUUGGUUGUUCCUAAAUAAAGAGCGUAAAAGACGA